UUUCCAGUCUACAUAGUCCAUACACUAGUUUGCUUUCGUCUCCCAUUCUGACUUCCCCCACGGCAUCCAUGGUCUUUCUCUUGGUAGCAAUAAACUAUAGGACCACUAAUUUUCUCCUUCAUCUCUUCUUCUAACUUUAAUUUGUAUAUUCAACUUUUCAAUUAGGGAUUCGGAUUUUAUUAUAAUAAUAAUUCGAAAUCGUCCCCAAAAGAGAUGAAUUCAAAUUCAAUUUCAGCGUUUCUGAUCUGCCACCCUCGAAUGAUCACACUUGUCACUGUCCAAGCCACUCUUGCAGUUGCUUUCUAGUCUCCAAUGGCGUCUUCAUUUUCCACUUCUCUUUCCAACUCUGCCGUGUCCUCUGUUGCUCAAGCUCCUACUUUGCAACCCAAAGAAGAGCAGGAGGAGGUUACGAGUGUUACUGCGAAGGAAGAGCUCGAGGGGAAGGUCAAGGUGAUGGAAGAGUUUGACAGGAAACCGGUGAAAAAAAGCCCUAUUGAGCUCUUGGAAGAGGCACAGAAUGAGAAAUUCAAGAGAUACGAAGCUGAAUACACUCAACAUUUAAUGUCCAAGUACUUUUCAGACAAGACUAUCUUCGGAGGAAACAUCUUUGAUGUCAAAAUGACUAUAGAUGGAGAGGCAAUAAAAGUGAGCAGGUUUCCCGGGUACCUGUCUUACGCAGAUCCAGCUAAUUUUCAGGACGAGAGCAGUAGCAGCUCCCCAAAUUCUGCUGUGGAAACUCCAUCCUGCAGCGCCAAUGGGAACCCGCCUUCUAAGAAUGGGAACUGAACCUUUCAUUUCGUUUACCUUUGACUCAACUGAAAUAUUGCAAUCUGGUACACUUUGAUCAACCCUACCCUAUCAAGGAAAGGCAAUGCUUGUGCAACUUAACUCUUUUACUUGAGUUUUUAACUACUUAUAAUAUAUAUAUCAUAUCAUCAUGCCA